GAAAGCAACGUUCACUGACUUUUGUGCCUUUAACAUUUAUGCCAUAUUCCAAAGUCCAAAUCACCUUUGCAUCACCAUGUCUUGACAUUCAAGUUUCAAACUAAGCAAACUUCAUCUGAUUCCUUUCCCUCUCUUUGAACUAGCUCUUUCAGGAACGUUCUUAUCCUGUUCAUUCCAAAACCAGUAACUUAGCCGCCAAAUUAACAAUUCCCCUGAACCAAACACCAACUGUAAAAGGGAACUCAAGCUUUCAGUUCUUGCCAAAACCACCACCUGACAAAGAUGGCAACAAAGACUCGCAUAGUUGGAAUAGCCAUGGAUUUCUCUCCUACCAGCAAAUUAGCCCUUCGAUGGGCCGUUGAUAAUCUCAUCAACAGAGGUGAUCAAAUCAUCAUCAUCAAUGUUGAGCCUCCUAAUGCUGAUCACACCCGAAAGGAGCUAUUUGCGGAAAAUGGUUCACCUUUGGUACCUAUGGAAGAACUGAGGGAGAUAAACUUCACAAAGCAAUAUGGGAUUGCUAGGGAUCCUGAAGUCAUAGAUAUCCUUGACACUGCCUCCAGGACUAAAGGGGCAAAAGCAAUGGCAAAGGUUUACUGGGGAGAUCCAAGAGAAAAGUUGUGCAGUGCUGUGGAAGAUCUUCAUCUGGACUCUUUGGUUGUUGGAAGCAGGGGACUAGGUCCCAUUAAAAGGGUGUUAAUGGGCAGUGUAAGCAAGCAUGUGGUGACAAAUGCUUCUUGCCCAGUCACAGUGGUUAAGGGAAAGUAAACCUCCAGUUGCAGACAUUGAUCCGAUUAUGAAUUUAUGUGUGAAGAAAAUAUGGAAGUUUGAAUGAUAUAGAUGCACUUGGACAGGGGAAUGAAUGACAGCUGUGAUGAAACUUAAGUACUGUACCCUAUAAAAUGGUUUGCAUUGAGUAAUUGAAAAUUUGGUUGUUUUGGUAA